CUUACAUAAUCAGUCCAAAUAUACUGUCAAUCGAAUGCGUCGACAGUAAAAAAAUAUUGCAGCUUCGUGAGGAUAAGUAGAAUACGGCUUUAUAUCGUUACUAGUAUAUACAAAAGUUGUUUGAAAUGAUACUCAAAACAUUAACCAAACGAGUUACCUUUAGACAGUUUUCGACUGUUCCAGAUUUGGCAGGAAAAACGGACGAGAUUCUCAAACACUCCGAUUAUUUUGGGGUACAUCGUUUGUUCACCGUGGAAGAUCUGUUCAAAGCUAGAGUUCACUUCGGGCAUAAAGAAGGAACUCUGCACGAUAACAUGAAAGGAUAUCUAUACGGCAGUAGAUUGGGACACUGCAUAAUAGAUCUUGACAAAACGGCGCAACAUUUGAGGCUUGCAUUAAAUAUCACGGCACAUAUCGCAUACCGAGGUGGAAUCAUUCUUUUCUUCAAUCGAAAUGCGCUGAAUGCCCAUAUUGUCGAAAAGACCGCUAUGGAAUGCGGCGAAUUUUCUCAUACACGCUUCUGGCGAGGUGGUGUUUUCACCAAUGCUAACGUGCAAUUCGGUGCCGUUACUCGUCUCCCCGAUUUGUGUAUCUUCCUCAACACUCAAACCAACAUUCUGGAGAUGCAUACGGCAGUGAAGGAUUCAGCCAAAAUGAAUAUACCAACAAUUGGAGUCGUUGAUACGAAUUGCAAUCCAAAUCUAAUAACCUACCCGGUACCCGGGAAUGAUGAUACUCCGUCUGCAAUUGAACUGUAUUGUAAUCUGUUCAAAAAUGCUAUUUUGUUGGGAAAAGCCAAAAUGAAGGAAGACAGCAAAAAUGAGUGAUGAAUUGUUUGCAUUUACAGUGGAUAGAAAUCUAUAGAAUUUUUAUAACAGCA